CAGCCCUCAGUUUUAAGAGUAAGCCCUCAAGGUGACGGACGACAUCACAGAGAGGCGGCUUGGACGACGCACUGUAGCCACGUCAUGUUUGGUGAAGGGAGGCCAUAUGCCACCCAAUGCACGGGAGUCUCCAACGCCAGCAAACAGGAAGGAGAUAGGAAAGGCGGACUGGUGGUACAGGUAGAAUUAGGUAAAUAUGAGGCGAGAAUGGGUCGGAUGGUGACGGCGCGGACAUGGUGUAGGAAAAAGAACAGCGCGAACGGCGUGGCGGUGGUGCCAGAGGAG